UGAUUGGCUCCUCUGGCUAUGACGUGUACAGGAAGUGUGCGGGCAAGCUACCGAAAGCAUAACAUUGCAUGCAACUCUAACUACAUUUCCUUUCUAUCGUCUCAUAUCUCACACUUUUACUAGUUCGCUUGUUUUUUUUUUUCGCCCAAUAGUUGCUUAAAAAAAUGUAAAACAUUUUACGUAGUGCGUUUAAAAAAAAAAAAAAAACAUGUCGCGGAUUCGUGUCACUUUGCGACGUGGACCAAGAGAUGACGCAAACUGACGAAACUGUCGUAAAAAUCAGAAUGUGACGCCCUCUCUCGCCCCCCCUCCCCUAAAAAGGAGUCUUCCAUCCACUUUUCUACCGUCUUAUUUGUGCAUUUUCAUUUAGGAUGCCUCGCCUGGAGGAGUUGGCCAACGUGGCCCUCAGGGUGCCCAGCGUCUUGGCCCUGGACCUGCUCUACAAGUGUGACAUAGACAGCUUAACGGAGCACCUGAAGGCCAAAAACCAGGACAUGCUCUUCAAAUAUAAAUACGUCAUCUGGAACAUGUACUACCUUGGUCACGUGAUCAACGCGGUGGUUUUGGUGCUGCCGUUGAGACACAUCGUAACGCUCUACCUCCACAUCCUGGCCGCCAUGCUGCUCUACAUGGGCCACCAGAUCUCCAAGGAGUAUAUCCGCGAGGAGAUGCAGUCUGGCUACGAAGGAGCGGUGUACCUCAGUUCUCUGGCCUUCAACAGAUUCGUGUCUGCGCUGACAAGUCAGAUCAUUCUCAGCACGCUGUGUGCCUUCCUGAUGAAGACCAGGAAGCUGUGGCUCUUCUCCGCUCACUUCCUCCCUCUGCUGGCCAGACUGUGCACUGCCACGCCCUCCACGCUGCUCACGCUCAACGUCCUCUCCUCGGGACUGACGGGGACCGCCGUCGCCGCCUUCCUCCUCGCCAACCUCUUCGUGCCAUACCGCCUCGCCAAGGCCGCGUGUUCACAGCUGCUUCAGGUCGAGGUGCUGGAGCUGUACCGGCUUUUGGCGCUGGGAAUCUCCCUCUGGCACCAGUUCGCAGUCCCGGUGCUCUUCAGCAUCUUCUGGUUUGUUCUCUUCGUCGUCCACCUGUGGUCCGACGCCAUGUUAGGCUCCGCCUCCACCUUGCACCAGGGCGUCACCUUCUUCCUGCUCACAAGUGUUUCUGAAUGUUGCGCCACGCCGUACUCUCUCCUGGGUCUGACCUUUGUGGUCUCCUACCUGGCUCUCGGACUGCUCAACCUGUGCAAGUUCUACCUGGGGGGCUACGCCGCCUUGCAGAACGAGAACGUCAUGCACAGGGGCGUGACCGAGGGCGUGACGCUGCUCCUCCUGGCCCUGCAGACGGGCCUGCUGGACCUGCAGGCCGCGCAGCGCACCUUCCUCCUCAGCAUCAUCCUCUUCAUCGUGGUCACGUCCACGCUGCAGUCCAUGAUCGAGAUCACCGACCCCGUGAUCCUGGCCCUGGGCGCCUCCCGCAACAGGAGCUUCUGGAGACACUUCUGCGGCCUCAGCAUGUGUCUUCUCCUGCUGGUCUUCCCGCUCUUCAUGGCUUACAAAAUUUCCCAGUUCUUCCACAUGGACUUUUGGCUCCUUAUUCUGGUGUCCAGCUGCAUGCUGACGUCCCUCCAGGUGACGGGCACGCUCCUGGUCUACUCGCUCUUCAUGGCGGAGCUCUUCCGCACCGAGCCCGUGGAGAACCUGGACGAGGUGAUCUACUGGGUCAACGCCGUCAGCCGGGUGCUGGAGUUCAUGGUGGCGCUGUGCGUGGUGGCGUACGGCGCCUGGGAGUCCCUGUUGGGCGAGUGGAGCUGGAUGGGCGCCUCCGUCAUCAUCAUCCACUCCUACUUCAACGUCUGGCUGCGGGCUCAGUCGGGCUGGCGCAGCUUCCUGCUCAGACAGGAAGCUGCCAAGAAGAUCAACUCCCUGCCCAGAGCCACGGCGCGGCAGCUGCGGCGGCACGACGACGUCUGCGCCAUCUGCUUCCAGGAGAUGAGCGCCGCCGUCUUCACGUACUGCGGCCACUUCUUCCACGCCAACUGCCUCCGCAAGUGGCUCUACGUGCAGGAGACCUGCCCCAUGUGCCACCAGACGGUCCGGCCCGCCUCGCAGGCCGACCUCGGCCCCGCGGACCCGGGUCCUCGGGAGGGGCAACCGGACGUGGACGACGACGGCGACGACGCUCCCGCCGAGGAGACAGGUAACAUGGCGGUGAAUGACUCCGGCGAGGAGACGGUCCGGGGUCCGUGUUUUAGCCCCAGUGGCGACUCGGGUUCAGGACCGUCGGCCCGGACGGAGGACUGCUCCCGGAGUUGCGGGGACCGUGGGGGAAAGGGCACGGAGACGUCGGCGGGGUGCUGUCAGUCCUCAGGAGACGCCAAUCCUGAUGACGGUCUCCAUGGUGACCACCACCAGGCGUCCGUCCAAUCAUGUCCAAAUGGCACAGAACUUUCGGGACACACCCGCACACAUUCAGAACUGGACUCAGUGAAGCUCUGAGAGACAAAACCCCUCCACUUCCCACUCUUGGCACCUUUUUUUAACAUUUUCCCAUCAGUUUUGGCCAUUUUGUCCACAGCAUUUUCCUUUUGUGAAGCUAAGGCUUUGUUAGCAAAAACUGAUUUACACAAAACCCUCUGAAGCAAUUAUUAGGGAUGUCAAAAAAAAAUUAUUUUUUUUAAAUAUGUCCUAUUCAGCCUUUUAGGAAAAUCAUAUUUUGGAUAUAGAGGAGGGGUGUCAAACUCAUUUUCAUUGGAGGCUACGUCGCAGUAAUGACUGCUUUCAAAGGGCCACUUUUUUAAAAUGUUGGCCUUUUUGUCCACAUACUUCAGCGUUUUCCUUUUGUGAAUCUAAAAAUGUUUUUGUUUAUUUGUUUUUUUGCUACAUUUACACAAAACCCUCUGUAGCAAUUAUUAGGGAUGUUCCCAAAAAUUAUUUUCAAAUGAACCGCGAUUCUUAGUCGAUUAAAAUUUCUUUUUCAAUAUGUCCUAUUCAGCCUUUUUGGAAAAUCAUAUUUUGGAUAUAGAGGAGGGGUGUCAAACUCAUUUUCAUUGGGGGCCACGUCGCAAUAAUGGCUGCUUUUAAAGGGCCGCUUUUUUAACAUGUUGGCCUUUUUGUCCACAUUCUUUAGCGUUUUCCUUUUGUGAAUCUAAAAAUGUUUUUGUUUAUUUGGUUUUUUUGCUACAUUUACAGAAAACCCUCUGUAGCAAUUAUUAGGGAUGUCCUCAAAAAUUAUUUUCAAAUGAACCGCGAUUCUUAGUCGAUUAAAAUUUCUUUUUUAAUAUGUCCUAUUCAGCCUUUUUGGAAAAUCAUAUUUUGGAUAUAGAGGAGGGGUGUCAAACUCAUUUUCAUUGGGGGCCACGUUGCAAUAAUGGCUGCUUUCAAAGGGCCGCUUUUUUAAAAUGUUGGCCUUUUUGUCCACAUUCUUUAGCGUUUUCCUUUUGUGAAUCUAAAAAUGUUUUUGUUUGGUUUUUUUUUUGCUACAUUUACACAAAACCCUCUGUAGCAAUUAAUAGGGAUGUCCCCAAAAAUUAUUUUCAAAUGAACCGCGAUUCUUAGUCGAUUAAAAUUUCUUUUUUAAUAUGUCCUAUUCAGCCUUUUUGGAAAAUCAUAUUUUGGAUAUAGAGGAGGGGUGUCAAACUCAUUUUCAUUGGGGGCCACAUCGCAAUAAUGGCUGCUUUCAAAGGGCCGAAUUUUUAACAUGUUGGCCUUUUUGUCCACAUUCUUUUGCGUUUUCCUUUUGUGAAUCUAAAAAUGUUUUUGUAUGUUUGUUUUUUUUUGCAACAUUUACACAAAACCCUCUGUAGCAAUUAGGGAUGUCCCCAAAAAUUUAUUUUCAAAUGAACCGCGAUUCUUAGUCAAUUUAAAUUUAUUUUUUUAAUACGUCCUAUUCAGCCUUUUAGGAAAAUCAUAUUUUGGAUAUAGAGGAGGGAUGUCAAACUCAUUUUCAUUGGGGGCCACGUCGCCGUAAUGGCUGCUUUCAAAAGGGCCGCUUUUUUAAAAUGUUGGCCUUUUUGUCAACAUACUUCAGCUUUUUCCUUGUGUGAAUCAAAGGGGGUUUUUUUUCAUUUUUUUUUUUGCUCAUUAGCAAAAAACUGAUUUACACAAAACCCACUGAAGCAAUUAUUAAGGAUGUUAAAAAAAUAGAUUUUUAAAUGAACUGCGAUUUUUAUUAAAACUUUUGUUGAAUAUGUCCUAUUCCGCCUUUUAGGCAUAUCAUAUUUUUGGAUAUAGAGGAGGGGUGUCAAACUAAUUUUCAUUUGGGGGUCACGUUGCAAUAAUGGCUGCUUUCAAAGGGCCCAUCCAUCCAUCCAUUUUCUACCGCUUGUCCCUUUUGGAGUCGCGGGGGGGUCCCUGGAGCCUAUAUCUCAGCUGCAUUCGGGCGGUAGGCGGCGUACACCCUGGACAAGUCGCCAUCUCAUCGCAGCUUUCAUAGGGCCGCGUUUUUUUUUUGGGCCUUUUUCGUCCACAUACUUCAAUUUUUUCCUUUUGUGAAUCUAAAGGUUUUUUUUGUUUGUUUGUGUUUUUGCUAGAUUUACACAAAACCCUCUGUAGCAAUUAUUAGGGAUGUCCUCAAAAAUUAUUUUCAAAUGAACCGCGAUUCUUAGUCGAUUAAAAUUUAUUUUUUAAUAUGUCCUAUUCAGCCAGUUAGGCAAAUCAUAUUUUGGAUAUAGAUGAGGGGUGUCAAACUCAUUUUCAUUGGGGGCCACGUCGCACUAAUGGCUGCUUUCAAAGGGCCCCUUUUUUAAAAUGUUGGCCUUUUUGUCCACAUACAUCAGUUUUUUUCCUUUUGUGAAACUAAGGUUUUUUGUUUUGUUUUUGCUAGUUAUCAAAAAACUGAUUUACUCAAAACCCUCUGAAGCAAUUAUUAAGCAUGUAAAAAAUAAGGAUUUUCAAAUGAACUGCGAUUCUUAGUCGAUUAAAUUUUUUUUUUCAAUAUGUCCUAUUCAGCUUUUAAGGCAAAUCAUAUUUUGGAUAUAGAGGAGGGGUGUCAAACUCAUUUUCAUUGGGGUCCACUUCGCAGUAAUGGCUGCUUUCAAAGGGCCCCUUUUUUAAAAUGUUGGCCUUUUUGUCCACAUACUUCAAUUUUUUCCUUUUGUGAAUAUAAAGGUUGUUUUUGUUUGUUUGUUUUUUUGCUACAUUUACUCAAAACCCUCUAAAGCAAUUAUUAGGGAUGUCCCCAAAAAUUUAUUUUCAAAUGAACCGCGAUUCUUAGUUGAUUAAAAUUAAUUUUUUAAAUAUGUCCUAUUCAGCCUUUUAGGAAAAUCAUAUUUUGGAUAUAGAGGAGGGGUGUCAAACUCAUUUUCAUUGGGGGCCACGUUGCAGUAAUGGCUGCUUUCAAAGGGCCCCUUUUUUAAAAUGUUGGCCUUUUUGUCCACAUACUUCAUCUUUUUCCUUGUGUGAAUCAAAGGCGGUUUUUUCAAUUUUUUUUUUUGCUCAUUAGCAAAAAACUGAUUUACACAAAACCCACUGAAGCAAUUAUUAAGGAUGUUAAAAAAAUAGAUUUUUAAAUUAACUGCGAUUUUUAUUAAAACUUUUGUUUAAUAUGUCCUAUUCAGCCUUUUAGGCAUAUCAUAUUUUUGGAUGUAGAGGAGGGGUGUCAGACUAAUUUUCAUUUGGGGUCACGUCGCAAUAAUAGCUGCUUUCAAAGGGCCCAUCCAUCCAUCCAUUUUCUACUGCUUGUCCCUUUUGGAGUCGCGGGGGGGUCGCUGGAGCCUAUCUCAGCUGCAUUCGGGCGGUAGGCGGGGUACACCCUGGACAAGUCGCCAUCUCAUCGCAGCUUUCAUAGGGCCGCGGUUUUUUUUGGGGCCUUUUUCGUCCACAUACAUCAGUUUUUUUCCUUUUGUGAAACUAAGGUUUUUUGUUUUGUUUUUGCUAGUUAUCAAAAAACUGAUUUACACAAAACCCUCUAAAAGCAAUUAUUAAGCAUGUAAAAAAUAAGGAUUUUCAAAUGAACUGCGAUUCUUAGUCGAUUAAAUUUUUUUUUCAAUAUGUCCCAUUCAGCCUUUUAGGCAAAUCAUAUUUUGGAUAUAGAGGAGGGGUGUCAAACUUAUUUUCAUUGGGGGCCACGUCGCAGUAAUGGUUGCUUUCAAAGGGCCCCUUUUUAAAAUGUUGGCCUUUUUGUCCACAUACAUCAGUUUUUUUCCUUUAGUAAAACUAAGGGUUUUUUUUGGUUUUUUGUUUUUGCUAGUUAUCAAAAAACUGAUUUACUCAAAACCCUCUAAAAGCAAUUAUUAAGUAUGUAAAAAAAAAAAAAGAUUUUCAAAUGAACCGCGAUUCUUAGUCGAUUCAAUUUUUUUUUCAAUAUGUCCUAUUCAGCCUUUUAGGCAAAUCAUAUUUUGGAUAUAGAGGAGGGGUGUCAAACUUAUUUUCAUUGGGGAGCACGUCGCAGUAAUGGCUGCUUUCAAAGGGCCCCUUUUUUAAUAUGUUGGCCUUUUUGUCCACAUACAUCAGUUUUUUUCCUUUUGUGAAACUAAGGUUUUUUGUUUUGUUUUUGCUAGUUAUCAAAAAACUGAUUUACUCAAAACCCUCUGAAGCAAUUAUUAAGCAUGUAAAAAAUAAGGAUUUUCAAAUGAACUGCGAUUCUUAGUCGAUUAAUUUUUUUUUUCAAUAUGUCCUAUUCAGCCUUUAAGGCAAAUCAUAUUUUGGAUACAGAGGAGGGGUGUCAAACUCAUUUUCAAUGGCUGCUUUCAAAGGGCCCCUUUUUUAAAAUGUUGGCCUUUUUGUCCACAUACAUCAGUUUUUUCAUUUUGUGAAACUAAGGUUUGUUUUUUGUUUUUGCUAGAUAUCAAAAAACUGAUUUACUCAAAACCCUCUAAAAGCAAUUAAGUAUGUUAAAAAAAAAAAGAUUUUCAAAUGAACCGCAAUUCUUAGUAGAUUAAAAUUUUUUUUUCAAUAUGUCCUAUUCAGCCUUUUAGGCAAAUCAUAUUUUGGAUAUAGAGGAGGGGUGUCAAACUUAUUUUCAUUGGGGGCUGCAUUAAUGGCUGCUUUUAAAGGGCCGCUUUUUAAAAAUUAAUUUACAUUAUGCAUGUGGGUAAUAACCGGUGAUUAAUCAAAAUGCGUUUUAUGUUUUUUAAUUAUUUUUUUUAUGUAAAACUUGCUUUAAAAUCAUGGAUAAAUGUGACGAGCAGAUAUUUACCUAUUUGUUUUUAUCUCACAAAAACAGUUUUUGCAAUACAGUAUAAAAUAAUAUAAUUGGCAUGAUCAGAUAAUAUUAAAGUUUAAAAUAUGCAUUUUUUUCUCCUGUCAAAAUUGAAUGAAUAAAUGCAUUUAGUAAAAAAAAAAAGUUUUUUUUUUUUUAAUUUAAGCCCAUUUUUAUCAGGCUUCAAUAAAAUAAUGUGGCCUGGCAGAACUGGCCCCCGGGCCCCGAGUUUGACCCCUGUGAUGUAGAUCAGUGGUCCCAACCACCGGGCCGCAGAUUUUUUUUUAAUUAUUUUUAUUUUUUAUUAAACCUCCCUUUUUCAUGACCCCAAAAAUAAUAAUAAAAUAAAUCCGAAGCAAGUAAAUAUCUAGUUGGUUGUAAAGGUGCGCAGACAGGAAGUUAGUUUCUUGCCACAGUUUCCGUCCAAGAAGCCUUAUGGCUUUCUCUGUGGAACAGGAAGUUAGCUGCUUACCAACAAAAUGAACUAACUAAGAAAAAAAAAUGCUUUUAUAUAUAUUUUUUUUACUCGAGUCCUGUCCUAUGAAAUAUUGUGUGCUCAACAAAAACAACACAAAGUCUCCCGAUUUGAUUAUGAGCUUCCUUUUCAUCCAAUUCUUCAUUUUUAUCGUUGUUCGGGAUGACUUUUUCGUCCACCACCCGAAAUAUCGUUUUUCAACAUCUUUUUGACGAGGAUGAUGGGGGGGGAGAGAAUAUAUCUGACUUUUUUUCAAUCUGUGGACAAACAUCGAUGUGCUUGAGUUUUUUUGACAAAAAAAACAUGUUCUGUUCCGGUGCAACCGACAUAAAUUCACUUUAAAAACUACAAACCCCAUUUCAAUAUGAGUUGGGAAAUUGCGUUUGAUGUAAAUAUAAACAGAAUACAAUGAUUUGCAAAUCCUUUUCAACCCAUAUUCAGUUGAAUAUGCUACAAAGACAACAUAUUUGAUGUUCAAACUCAUAAAUAAUAAUUAACUUAGAAUUUCAUGGCUGCAACACGUGCCAAAGUAGUUGGGAAAGGGCAUGUUCACCACUGUGUUGCAUCACCUUUUCUUUUAACAACACUCAAUAAACGUUUGGGAACUGAGGAAAGUAAUUGUUGAAGCUUUGAAAGUGGAAUUCUUUCAUGGGGCGGCAUAGCGCGGUUGGUAGAGUGGCCGUGCCAGCAACUUGAGGGUUGCAGGUUCGAUUCCCGCUCCCGCCAUCCUAGUCACUACCCGUUGUGUCCUUGGGCAAGACACUUUACCCACCUGCUCCCAGUGCCACCCACACUGCUUUAAAUGUAACUUAGAUAUUGGGUUUCACUAUGUAAAGCGCUUUGAGUCACUAGAGAAAAGCGCUAUAUAAAUAUAAUUCACUUCACUUUCCCAUUCCUGUUUUAUGUAGAGCUUCAGUCCUUCAACAGUCUCCGCUGUUGGAUUUUACGCUUCACACAUUUUCCAUGGGAGACAGGUGUGGACUGCAGGCGGGCCAGGAAAGUACCCGCACUCUUUUUUUACGAAACCACGCUGUUGUAACACAUGUUGAAUGUGGCUUGGCAUUGUCUUGCUGAAAUAAGCAGGGGCGUCCAUGAAAAAGACGGAAGCAUAUGUUGUUCCAAAACCUGAAUGUACAUUUCAGUAUUAAUGUUGCCUUCACAGAUGUGUAAGUUACCCAUGUCUUGGGCACUAAUGCACCCCCAUACCAUCACACAUGCUGGCUUUUACACUUUGCGUGGAUAACAGUCUGGAUGGUUCGCUUCCCCUUUGGUCCGGAUGACACGAUGUGGAAUAUUUCCAAAAACAAUUUGAAAUGUGGACUGGUCAGACCACAGAACACUUUUCCACUUUGCAUCAGUCCAUCUUAGAUGAUCUCGGGCCCAGAGAUGCCAGCGGCGUUUCCGGGUGUUGUUGAUAAAUGGCUUUCGCUUUGCAUAGUAGAGCUUUAACUUGCACUUACAGAUGUAGCGACCAACUGUAUUUAGUGACAGUGGUUUUCUGAAGUGUUCCUGAGCCCAUGUGGUGAUAUCCUUUAGAGAUUGAUGUCGGUUUUUGAUACAGGGAUCGAAGGUCACGGUCAUUCAAUGCCGCUUACGUGGAGUGAUUUCUCCAGAUUCUCUGAACCUUUUGAUGAUAUUAUGGAGCGUAGAUGUUGAAAUCCCUAAAUUUCUUGCAAUUGCACUUUAAGAAACGUUGUUCUUAAACUGUUUGACUAUUUGCUCACACAGUUGUGGACAAAGGGGUGUACCUCGCCCCAUCCUUUCUUGUGAAAGACUGAGCAUUUUUUGGGGAAACUGUUUUUAUACCCAAUCAUGGCACCCACCUGUUCCCAAUUAGCCUGCACACCUGUGGGAUGUUCCCAAUAAGUGUUUGAUGAGCAUUCGUCAACUUUUCCCAACUUUUUUGUCACGUGUUGCUGGCAUCAAAUUCUAAAGUUAAUGAUUAUUUGCAACAACAGAAAAUGUUUAUGAGUUUGAACAUCAAAUAUGUUGUCUUUGUAGCAUAUUCAACUGAAUAUGGCUUGAAAAGGAUUUGCAAAUCAUUGUAUUCUGUUUAUAUUUACAUCGAACGCAAUUUCCCAACUCAUAUGGAAACGGGGUUUGUAGAUGUGGAACUGUAGUUUUUGGGGGGGGAUUUCUAUUAUUCACAAUCCUUAUGUAAAACAAACAUGUUAAAAACACUCUGACUAGUUAACUAGAUGAAGGAAUUGCGCAUAAAUGUUCCAAUGCUGAAGUGGAACUGAAAUGCUGACAGAAUGUAGUGUGAAUGUCAUUGCUCUAUUGUAAGCAAACUUUUAUUUGCGAGUUAGAAUGCAUUUUUUUAAAAAUACACACAAUCAGGAUCGGGAAUUAUAGGAAAAAUUCAAAUAAAAAAACUGCAGCGCUCUUAAGUUAAUUCUAGCAGGUCUGACCUUGAGGAGCAAACUAUUAUUCUUUGAAUAGAUUCUGGUAGUUUUCUUUAAUUUGUGGCAUUUUUCAACAAGUGUGGCAACAAGUUGUAUUGCCAACAGUGUUUGGAAACAGAACCGGUCUUGUUUUCACAAUAAUAAACACAAACAAUUUUGAAGACAA